AUGGUGAGGGACGAUGAAGCUGCAGAAGAUCAGGACAUGUCAAUCACUGAUGACGACAUCAUCCGCAUCACUGCUUCAGAGGGCAUUCCUGUCCGGAAAGCAAAAGCACUUGAGUUUUCACGUCAAGCAUCAUCAUUUUUGUUAUCUAAGGACUUUAUGAGGCAGUUUUUCCAGCAAUUCAGUGAAGCAGCUUCAGAAUUCCAACACGACCCAAUGUCGUCUUUCUCUCGAAUUUUUCUUCCGAGGAAAGGUGCUGCAGAGAAAUCGGGUGAUGCCCAGCAAUCCCUGGUUCUUGUUCUUCAAGAAAAGGAAAAGGAAACAAAACAGGAUGCGGUAAAGCCUCAAAAACAGGUAGAUCCUGCGAAGGAUAAAGCAGCAGCAAAGCUGCAAACACAGCAACCAAUUCUGGUGUCGGACAAGACACAGGUCCCUGGUGCACGGGAAUUUCUUGCAACAGACUGGACUGAAAUAAGAAAGCAUGCAUUGAAAGGGGAGACGCUUCAGAUGGGUUCAAGAAGUAUGGCAAUGCCAGUGACUUAUGAUGCACAGGAUGCAAACCCAAGAAGGGAGCGGUUGGAUCGUGAAGUCGUCAAGGAUCUGAUGAAAGCCGUUCGUGAUAAUGGACUGGGGUCUCUGUACUUCAAACAACUUUUAGAAGGGACAUUUAAUAUUUAUGAUUUAACACCAUUUGACCUCAAAUCCCUUGCUUCAAUGAUCCUCACUGACUCACAGUUCAUCAUCUGGGAAGCAAAAUGGAGAAAAGCUCUUAAUGAGCUCAGAGACAAAUAUCAGGGGGGAGUGAAUGCAGGUCUCACCGUUGCACAAUUGGCCGGUGAUCCACCACUUGACAGUCCAGCUCGUCAAGCCAGACUUUUUCCUCGAGAAGUGUUGACAGACAUCAAGAAUGCAGCCAGAAAGGCAACUGUGCAAAUUCCACUGACAGGAGUUACAGAAAGUAGUUACACAGAUAUAAAGCAAGGUCCUUCAGAAUCUUUCACCUCAUUUGUCGAUCAUCUCACACAAGCAGUGGACAGGCAAGUCAGUGAUGAAGGGGUGAAACCACAUUUGAUACGGUGCCUUACAUUUGCAAAUGCCAAUCCAGAAUGCAAACGUGUCAUCAGUGCGAUGCCAGGCCAACCCUCUAUGGCAGAAAUCCUAGAGGCAUGCAGCAGGGUGGGGACACCACAGCAUGUUGCAACGAUUUUGGGAGAUCAAGUGGAAAAAGCUGUCAAAGAUGCAUUCGCGAAUUUUCAACAAAGACAGUGCUACAAGUGUGGCAAAGAGGGGCGCUUCAAGAAGGACUGUCCAGAACUUGCAGAGAUCGCAAGCUCACUGGAUGUUUGUCCAAGCGGUCAGACCGAAGUGGCUGGCGGCGAGGCACGUGAAACCGUACCGAGUCCAGACGCAAGCAGACGUGGACCCCAAGACCGGAGGAAGAGAAGUGGGCACGCAGACGUGAACCAGUGUCAAGACAGCAGACAUCCCUUCGUUCUAUGUGCAAAAGAGACUCUGGGACUUGAGUUUUCUUCGGGGCUUGGGUGGUGUUGCAUUUUUAGGGAUUCCCAUGGGAAAAAGGCCAUUGAACAUGAAAGAACUAUCCUUGUGCCUCAUUCUCUCCUUGGUUGCCUUGAGCAAUGCGGCAGUUUUGCCCGUGGCUCAACCAAAAGAGAAUGUUUUGGAAACUCUAGCCAAUGCAUCAGGUUUGGAUACCAUCUGCCUAACACACUCAAAGCCAGGGAAACCCUUCUCAACAUGUUUAGCGGGGUUGCCAGUGAGCAAAUGGCCAAUUCCAAAAAACAUCCCUCCAGUGAUUUCAAAGUCCAUUGUAAAUCCAGUGGACCAAUAGGAUGUUUGGACGAAAUUCCUUCCUGUGGCUCCUUUUGAACCUCAGGAACUGGAAAUACUUGGAUCGGUCCAAAUGCAAUUUUGUGUGAAACUCGGCCUUUCUGGAGUGGCACAAAACAAAACUAUAGACAUCACUCCAAACCUCAAUUUUUACAGAAAUUCAUCAUCUUGGUGUAAUUACACUAAGAUGUUUGACAAGCCAUCCAACCAUGUUCCAGCACAAUUGCCGAGAGGAAACUUUUUCAUUUGUGGGGACAAAAUUUGGCCCGCAAUUCCCGCAAAUGUCACAGGUGGUCCAUGCAGCAUUGGAAUGCUUUCAUUGCUAACACCCAACAUGACAUUGAUGAGAGAACAAAAGUAUAGAGGGAAAAGAUCUAUCAAGAUGUAUGAUCCAAAUUGUGAUGACAAUGUUCACACACGGAACAAGGCUCAGAGAAUUGCGGUUGCACUUUUUUCACCACAGGCAGUAUCAGGAGCAGCCUUGACACAAUUGGAUCGGGUGGGUUGUUGGCUGAGCAAACAUGCCCGAGCCACCUCUCUUGCACUGAGUGACAUGUUGUUAGACAUUGACAGUGUAAGACAAGCAAGUCUCCAAAACAGGGCAGUGAUAGACUAUCUAUUGCUGACCCACGGGCAUGGGUAUGAGGAAUUCGAGGGAAAGUGCUGCAUGAAUUUGUCAGAUCAUUCCAAAUCCAUUCAUGAGAACAUCAGGCAAUUGCAGGAGAGUGUGAACAAACUUGGAGAGGUAACUGGGUCAUGGAUGGAUGGUGUGUUGAAUUUGUUUAACCUUUCACCAUUGUGGAAGGAA